CGUGUUGUAAAAUCCUGACUAGUUUUUUCAUCGCCAUCAUCACUGCUGCCUGCCUGCCUGCCUGUCAUGUUCGGCUGACUGUUUACAGUUAUGUGGAUAGCUAAUGUCACUGCCAGCCUUUCCGAUGGUGGAGUUUAUUUAUUCACACCUGGACUAUCCCGGUUCUUCCUCAGGAAAUUAUAAAACCACUCAUCGGAUAAACCACAGUGUAGAUUUUUUAGACUGUCUCUCAGCUGUGCUCUACGAGUCGAAGUUUCAAUGGUCUUCCGGCAAGAAACUGUUGCCGUGCCGGAAAACAUGUCUUCCAGUUGUCGGGUACUCUGGGUCAAACGUGAAAUAGCCCCAUACAUACCAAACGAGAAAAGCACUGUUAAAACAAGAACUAUGAAACGUACAUUUCAGAAGAGAUAUGUGUUUUCCCAGCCAGGGAGUCUGAGUAUUGAACUAACCAUGGCAGGACAACCGAACCCUAACAACUACCAACACCUCAAUCAAGAGCAGCUCCAGCAGAUACAGGAACAGCAGUACCAGCAGCAGCAACACCAACAGGAGAUGGCCGCCUUACAAAGUCGUAUACCGCAAACGUUUCGUGAUGCGACAACGGCGCCACUGAGAAAGCUGAGCGUGGAUCUCAUUAAAACAUACAAGCAUAUAAAUGAGGUUUAUUACACCAAGAAGAAGAGGCGGGCCAAGGAAGCACAAGGAGAUGAUCCGACCACGAAAAAAAUGAACCGAUUAAUUAAUGAAGGUUACGAUGAUGAUAAUUACGACUAUAUUGUGAAAAAUGGCGAGAAGUGGAAUGACCGUUACGAGAUAGAUUCCCUUAUAGGGAAAGGAUCAUUUGGACAGGUUGUGAAGGCUUAUGACCAUGAAGAGCAAGAGUAUGUCGCAAUUAAAAUUAUCAAAAAUAAGAAACCAUUUUUAAAUCAAGCUCAGAUAGAAGUGAGACUCCUUGAACUGAUGAACAAGUACGAUUCUGAAAGCAAAUACUAUAUCGUCCGUCUAAAAAGACACUUUAUGUUCCGUAAUCACCUAUGCCUUGUGUUUGAGCUGCUUUCGUAUAAUCUAUACGAUCUCCUUCGUAACACAAACUUUCGUGGUGUCUCGCUCAACCUGACCCGCAAGUUUGCCCAGCAGAUGUGCACGGCGCUGUUGUUCCUAGCCACGCCCGAGUUGAACAUCAUCCACUGUGACUUGAAGCCGGAAAAUAUACUGCUGUGCAAUCCAAAGCGAAGUGCAAUCAAAAUUGUUGAUUUUGGAAGCUCCUGCCAGCUGGGUCAAAGGAUCUAUCAGUAUAUCCAGAGUAGGUUCUACCGAUCACCGGAAGUUUUACUAGGAAUACCAUACGACUUAGCUAUUGAUUUGUGGAGUCUAGGGUGUAUACUGGUAGAAAUGCACACUGGAGAGCCGUUGUUUAGCGGAUCUAACGAAAUUGAUCAAAUGAAUAAAAUUGUAGAAGUUUUAGGAAUGCCACCUAAACAUAUACUAGAUCAAGCACCGAAAGCAAGAAAAUAUUUUGAUAAACUUUCUGAUGAAACAUACGUGUUGAAAAAGACGAAAGAUGGAAGGAGGUAUAAAGCGCCGGGCACUCGUAAAUUACACGACAUACUAGGUGCAGAAAGUGGCGGUCCGGGUGGUCGACGAUCCGGUGAACCGGGACACAAUUUGUCGGAUUAUUUGAAAUUCAAAGAUCUGAUUCUAAGAAUGCUUGAUUUUGACCCUGCAACCAGGAUAAAACCAUACCAUGCUCUUCAGCAUUCAUUCUUCAAACGAACAACUGACGAAGGUACGAACACAUCAAAUAGUACAUCAACAAGUCCGGCAAUAGAACAGCAUCCGGGCGUCGGAGGUUCUUCGUCGGCCUCCUCUGCAUCCAGCUCAGGUGGUUCGUCUUCUGGUGGAAGAGCACGAUCUGACCCGUCACAUCAACACACUCAGCUACAGGGAAACCCUGGACAUCACCCCGGUGGUGCUAAAGGAAAUGCAUCUAUGGAAUAUGGUGCUGUCCCUCAUCUGUCUCACCAGUCACAUCCAGUGUGGUCUGGUGGAGAACCCAGUGGUGCCUCUACGUCACUAAUAAACAGUUCUGUUCAUUCAAGUACUAGCUCACACACACUUGGCCCAGGCCAUGUGCAUCAACGUUCACGGAAACCUCUCCCACUCCAGCACCAUUCACCGUCGUCGUCGUCGAGCCAAAGUAGUAACCUGCAUGGACAGCAGCAAGUAUUUGUGCCUGGCGAGCCAGUCAAUUUACAAACUAUGUCUUCCAGUGUUCAAGCACAUAGAGACCAAAUUUAUUACCAACAUGUACAGAUACAUAACCCACAACCAGGCGUUCUGUAUACGCACCCACCACAACAUACACAGUUGGACUGCACCCAGACAGGCAGCUUAAAUAUGCCGCUUGGUUACCAAUACCAAAUUCACAGUGGACUUUCACAUGAACCGGGCAGUCAACCGCCGCCUAAUUUACAUAUGGGAUCUAGUUUCACAGCGACAGCACCCGGUGUGACAUUUCCGUAUACAAUAGCGCAGACCACAUCGACAAAUGUUGCGACGAGUAUAGUGACACAGCCGCCGUCGUCGCAGCGGCAGGCAGUUGAUCGAGGGGAGGAGUCCCCGAUGGUCGGUGUGGUCAUGCAACAGAGUCCGGUGGCGAGUCAUUGACAAUGACUGAACAGUAGUGGUAGUUGUAGCUUUAGUAAUGGACAACUUAGACAUUAAAUUUCAUGUACAUUUUAUCAAUGGAUUUUCCCUGCAGUCUGUGUGAGCAGAACUUUUUGCAGGAUCAAAAAACAUCAACCCCACUAUGGAUUACAAAUGAGACUUUUUUUUUUUAAAAAGAAAUCUCUAGUCAUGUGGUGAAAAUGUAGUAAACAUUACAAAGAAACUUAAACUGUACAGUCUUCUAAAGCUUUAAACGUUUUCUUUUUUCACCCAUGGGAUGUAGUAAAUACUGACUAGCAUUUGGAUAUAUGAACAAUCCUAAAUAUGUUGUCAGAUGAUUCCUGAAACAAAUGUUUUACUUUUUAGUUUCGCAAACCAGUGUGUGCUGUUCUCCAGGGAGUACUUCUCUGUUCAUUCUUUCUCUGUAUGGGGAAAAUAUUAAGCGACUUGUGGAGUACAUGAAGGAUUUUUUACCUCAGUUUCAGGGCCGCCUAGCUUACUGAUUUUGAAACUGAUCCGUUUAUGGCCUGUCAGGUGUGUCGUUAAACCACUAGGCUCCUUAGGUGUCAGUAAAAAGUUGGGGGAGUUUUUCCUGAAAGGAGCAAAGAUGAUUGGUCCUUCACCAAAAUAGAUUUUAAAAUGGAUCCUUAUGUCCAUUACAUCAGCAGCUUUUGCACUCUCGUUAAAUGAACCAGUCGUUUAACCAUAAAUCACUAAAGAUAAAAAUGGUGGCACCCUUUCACAGAUAAAAAUUGUCGCAAUCAAAUAAAAUGCUAAUUAACUAACUAUAAAGGAGAUUUGGUGGGAAAGUGUUCGGUUGAAAUUCACUUUUAGGGGGGUUGAAAGACUUUUACUGUAUUACUGAACUAGUCAGACUUACAAGCAGGCAUUGUGAUUUUUUUUUUUUUUUUCUGAAAUUCGUGUAUGUGUAGUUGGUGUGCUGUAAAUAUGAGUGCCUUGAUGUGUGAGAGAGAGACCGAAUGGCACAGAAAGUCUAGGCUUUUUGUUGCAUGUUGUAUGGUAUAUGUCUGUCUGUCUGUCUGUGUGAGGGCAUGCAUGCAUGUGUGUGUGUGUGUCUGUGUGUGUUUUUAUCUUACUCUUCUCCAGUAAUGCCAACUUCACUGCCUUUGUAUUGUGCGUGUUAUGCAUCCCAUCAUACAACAGUGUCUAACGCUGGGCGAAAUAGUUUGACUGUAUGUUUAAAGUGUGAUAGCUGAAUGCCAGUGAGGUUUUAUUUAUUUUUUUCGUGCUGAAGGGUCAAACUCUUUGUUUUUCUUUUUUAAAUUGGAGUGUGAAUAUUGAGGGUAAGGGUAGGCGGUACUAAGAGUGUGUUAACUUUGGGGAAUUCUUUCUCGCUGCACUAUGCAACGUUUUUUGUGCAAAACUUAAUACUUCUACAGUUCUUCGACUCCUAGAAGUACCCCAUGUCAGCAUACACUACCAUCUUCUUCAUUCAGUAUAUCAGUAACCCUGACAUUUUUCCACAAAUUUAACCCAUCCCAUUUUCCACAGAUGACAUUUCAAGCAAGGCUGCAUAAUCAAUCUAUGUGAACUUGGAAAUCAUGUUUCCUGGGUUGCCUACAAAUCUGAACAAUAAGAAAUGUUUUACGAGUUUGUCAAAGUACUAGAUGCGUGAUCUUGUUUUGCUGUCAAAAAAAAGCGUGUACUAGCUACUGAAUGGCAGGCUUUUCUUACAAACAGUGCCCUCACUGUUUUUCUGGUUUUUAAUCCACUUUUGUGAACCUACUUGGUUUUAUUAAUGCAGAUUUUGUUUGCUUUUAAUCCCUCCUGCAGUUCAUUUCCAUGUUCUUUUUAAUUUUGGUUGUCUUUUUUUUUAAAAAGUUCUGUUCACCCUUCCUGCUUUUGUAAAAUAAGAAUUUAAAGAAGGAAAAUGCGAAACAAAAAAUAUUUAAAAAUUAGGGCAAUGCUUUUUUAAAAAUUUUAGUCGAGAGCAGAUUAGCUGGUUAGUAUGUGUAAAACGAAUGUAAGCAGUUUGUGUGUUUUAAUCAUUUUUUUUAUGAAAAAUAUACCAGAAUAACUACAUGUAUGAUCAUCUACUCUGGUGUACUGUCAUACAAAUGCAAACCCAAUGUUAACCAGUUAACAAGUGUUAACCACUUUCUGGUUUAUCUAGGUUAUUUCUAGUUUAUGCUAUUGUGAUAGUCAUUGAAACAUGCAGUGCAUUUUUCAUGUAGCUACGUUUUCACUGGUAGUCACUGUUGGUUUAGGUAGUAGUAGUAAUAAUAGUAGUAGUAGUUGUAGCAGUCAUACACUGAUCGUACUUGAUUAUGUAUUAUUAAAGUGACUAGUUAACUCUAGUUAUCCACCGAUCAACACUAGUUAUUGCUGGUUAAUACUUGCUAACUGGUUUGUGUCAUAAUUAGUGCUAGUUAAUUGUAGUCAUUGAUGACUUUUACUAUGACUGUGAAAUGCCAUGUAAUUAGUCUUGAUCAUUGACCCAAAUAAUUAAACGACUGUUAUUAUGAAAAUAUAA